GAGACCUUCGAAUCCGCUACUGCCGCUGCCACGACCGCGCGCGGCCUCGGCGCCCUCCCCCGCCCCCGGCCGGUUAUAUAAGCGCCAGCGCCAGCCCCCUCUGCGCAUCUAUUGAUUUCAGCAUUGCUUCUGACCGGAGGAAGAUCCCGGAAGAGACCAAAUCAGAAGCAGAAGAAGCUCUAGCUAGUGUAGUUUCCACCAGCACGCAGCUUGCUGCGUGUUGCAUCAUCGAUCCAGCUUCUUGCAUAGCAUUGAUCGACCUCGCUCGAGCUCUCAUCACAAGCAAACUCUGCGUAGCAGCAGCUCAUCUCCGUCAAGCAAGUCCGUUUGGGAUUGUGGUAGCUAAGAAGAUAUAUGUAUAUAUAUAGCAAGUAGCUACUGCAUAUAUAUAUAUAUACAUAUAUAUAUAGGUAGCUGCACUGCAGCAGCGAUCGAUCUGAUCGGUCGGUAGGUCAUCAUGGAGGCGCUGAGCGGGCGGGUAGGGGUGAAGUGCGGGCGGUGGAACCCUACGGCGGAGCAGGUGAAGGUCCUGACGGAGCUCUUCCGCGCGGGGCUGCGGACGCCCACCACGGAGCAGAUCCAGCGCAUCUCCACCCACCUCAGCGCCUUCGGCAAGGUGGAGAGCAAGAACGUCUUCUACUGGUUCCAGAACCACAAGGCCCGCGAGCGCCACCACCACAAGAAGCGCCGCCGCGGCGCCUCCUCCCCCGACAGCGGCAGCGGCAGCGCCAGCAACAACGAGGAAGACGGCCGCGCCGCCUCCCGCGAGCCGGCGCCCGACCUCGUGCUGCAGCCGCCGGAGAGCAAGCGGGAGGCCAGGAGCUACAGCCACCAUCACCACCGGCUCCUCACAUGCUACGUGAGGGACGUGAUGAUGGAGCAGCAGGCGGCCGAGGCGCUGUGGGAGCGGCCGACGAGGGAGGUGGAGACGCUGGAGCUCUUCCCCCUCAAGUCGUACGUCGACCUCGAGGCGGAGAAGGUCCGGUACGUCAGGAGCGGCGCCGCCAGCGAGCAGUGCAGGGAGUUCUCCUUCUUCGACGUCGCCGGCGGCAGGGAUCCGCCUCUGGAGCUCAGGCUCUGCAGCUUCGGGCCCUAGAUACACCGGCGCUGCAUGCACCGUACCAAAACGUAUUGGGCCUUGUCGUCGUAUACGCAUCAUUGCAUUGUGUAGUGAUUCCAGCUACCGACAUGAAAAGGUGUAGGGAAUGAGAUACGGCAUGGGCUCUACCGACGACGCUGCAUGAAGAAUCUGAGAGGAUCAGGGAAAGAGCACGCAGAUGAGAUUUGAACUGCCUUUUCCUUGAUAUUUUCAUCAUGAUGAGACUACUGCUUCUUUUCGUUCUUUUCUGCUGCCUGCCUGCAUGGCGUAUGUACUAAGAUUAACCCUGUUCAUUCAGCACUGAUGAUAUAUCGAUCUCCCUUUCUUUC